AUGUCAUGUUGUCCAGGCGGAGUUGCUGAGAAGCCACCAUUAACUCCAAUAUCUACACAACGCGAACAAAUUGUCGAAUUUGCUUCAAGUUCUGGCCAUGGAGCGUCAAGUUCUGGCGAUGGAGCUUCAAGUUCUAGAAAUCCACAAUCAAAUGCUUUAAGGGUCCCUCCACCACAAAUUACUCCUCUAAAUUUCUAUUAUGCUGAAAGAUGGAUUCGUGUAUUCUUUGAUGUGCAUGGAAUACCUUACCGUAUUAAGUUAAGUAAAAACAAUCGAAGAAUAACUGAAGAAGAUUACAACGAAUGCAAUGUUACAAAAUACUUAGAAUUUAAAGAUGGUAUAUUUUUUGUUGUAUUCAUGAUGGAGCGGGAUGGCCAUAAGUUUAUUGCAAGAGUUGACAAUGCACCCGAAUUUAAUCAGCAAGGAUUUCCAGCGCCGGGUUCACCAUCAUCUGACAUCACCCACAUACUUGGCAGAGAAAUUAGUAUAUAUCGUGAUGAGCAUACUCAGCAAAUAACCAGCAUGAGAUUUACAGAUAGAAAUAUAUGUCCAACUGAAGCUCAAUUCCGUGAGUACCAAAUUACAGCGAAAACGUAUCCGUUUGGCAGCACUGGCAGAAGCCUAAGGUAUUAUCGAUUAAAGAACGGAUACUAUAUGGGAAUCGAGGUCAUAUAA